CGGCUCCGUCCGUCCCGCAGAGUCGCACUCCCUGCGCUACUUCCUGACCGGGAUGACGGAUCCCGGCCCCGGGAUGCCGCAGUUCACGGCCGUCGGGUACGUGGACGGCAAAGCCUUCGGGAACUACGACAGCGAGCGCCGGACGGUGCGGCCCAUCGUGGACUGGCUGCCGCGGGAGGACCGGGAGCACUGGGAUGCGGAGACCAAGAAGGCCCGGAGCGGCGAGCUGGAUUUCUACGUGGGUCUGGGCUGGCUCCGGGAGCACUACAACAAAAGCGGAGGGUCUCACACGCUGCAGAAGAUGUUCGGCUGCGACAUCCUGGAGGACGGCAGCGUCCGAGGGUACGAUCAGUAUGCAUUUGAUGGGAGGGACUACAUCGCCUUCGAGAUGGACACGAUGACGUUCACUGCAGCCAACGCGGUCGCACAAAGCACCAAGAGGAAAUGGGAGAGCGAAGGGACGUACGCUGAGAGAUGGAAGCACGAGUUGGGGACCGUCUGCGUUGAGAACUUGAGGAGGUACCUGGAGCACGGGAAGGCCGUGCUGAAAAGGAGAGAGCGGCCUGAGGUGCGAGUGCGGGGGAAGGAGGCUGACGGGAUCCUGACUUUGUCCUGCCGCGCUCACAGCUUCUACCCGCGGCCCAUCACCAUCAGCUGGAUGAAGGACGGCGUGGUCCAGGACCAGGAGACCCACUGGGGGGGCAUCGUGCCCAACAGCGACGGCACCUACCACGCCUCGGCCACCAUCGAUGUGCCGCCGGGGGACUGGGACAAAUACCAGUGCCGUGUGGAGCACGCCAGCCUGCUCCAGUCCAGCUUCUUCUCAUGGGAGCUGCAGCCCAACCUGAUCCUCAUUGUGGCUGGGGCGAUCAUCACCGUCGUGGCUGUCGUGGCUGUCGUCGCUGGAUUGGUGGUGUGGAGGAGCAAGUCAGGGAAGGAUGAGAAAUGUUACAGAGCAGAACUAGGCCACGAUGGGGAAUCCAGCAGUAUGGCCACAGGGAGUGAAUUUUCUGCCUGAGUGCUGUGCUGCUCCAGCUAGCCCUGUGUGCGUUUGGAGUUUGUGGGGGCCCUUGGUGCGCUUCCUUUCUGGAGUGGGAUUUGGCCGUGAGCUCCUUGUCCACCCACGUGGCAAUUUUGGACCAAUUGUGUUGGGCUUUUGAGCCCUGAGCAGAUCCUCGAGCAGCAGCAACCCGCUUCCUUCCUCCCAGCCAUUAACACACACGUCCAGGUAGAUCCGCGAGGAGGCCGCGGUCUGCUCUCCCCAAACCCGGGUUUGGGAGCUCCAAGGGAUCCUGAGCUCCACCUUCCCACAGCCAACGAUUCCGGAUCUGUACGGCUGCGGGCAGAGCGCACAGCCAGCUCCGAACCGCCGAGUUCAGAGCUCAGCCUCUGCAGGGACCGCCGUGGGUCGGUGCUGUGGGAGAGGUUCUCCAUCCACGCACCUCAUCCACGUGUACGCAACACCCCUUCCUUCCUCGCUGUCUUCCUUCCCCGCUCGCAUGAGGCUCAUCGGUGAGAAGCAGCCUCCUGCUUUGUCAGCGCUCGCAUCUGUCAGAUAACAAAAGCAAGCUUGGAUUUUCGCUUCAUUUUUCCUGCUGAGAUCUCCGUCUGCAGAAGGAGCUGGCAUUUGCCGAGGGGAUGCCUGUAAGCUUUGCUCCGAUGUGCUCCUCUCCUCGAGUUACCCCUGAGCCGUUGGGAUGGGAGCAGCCAGGUUCUGGGUGCUGCACCUUCUGCACUUCUGCUCACCGUGCACGUGGCGAGGGCCAAGAAGUCUCGCCCCAGUAAAUCCACAGGAACUGAUUCUAUUGAGGAAAGUAAUCUUUGCGCCAUCGCAUCUCGUCUAUUAGAACCUCUUCUCUGCUUUUCUUCUAUUCCUUCCACGCUUCCCGGUCUUAAUUUAACCUCACGUCUCCCGUUUUACACCAACUUUGCCGUAUUCAGCACUUCUGCCAUUGCUUUACCUUUCCCUCCUGGAAGGAGGCCUCACUCCCCACGCUGUCCCCACCCACACAGACGCAUUUUCACCAAUUCUGCCUUUUAUUUGAACAGAACAAAGAGGAAAAAAA